GUUACCAUCCAAUAUAAUAAAAAUAAAAAAUUUAGUAUAAAAAGACUGUAGUAAACUUAAUUUAAAUAAAUUAAAUAAUAAAAGAAUUAUGGACGGUCAAUUAUUGGUAACAAUCUAAUUAGAUUAUGACAAAUCUAUUUGUUUUCAAGAUCAGUUUAUGGCAGUCAGAAUAAAUAAAAAUGAAAUCGAACCUGCAUUAUACAUGAUUAAAGGUAUAGCUAUUCUUGAUAAUGAUGGUAACAGGAUCUUAGCCAAAUAUUAUGACAAGAACAUUUUUCCAACAUCUAAGGAACAAAAGGCGUUCGAAAAAAAUUUAUUUGGUAAAACGCAUAGAUCUAAUGCAGAAAUAAUGAUGCUUGAUGGGUUAACAUGUUUAUAUAAAAGUAACGUUGACUUAUUUUUUUACGUUAUUGGUUGUGUAUAUGAAAACGAGUUGAUUUUAAUGAGUGUAUUAAACUGUCUAUAUGAAUCUAUUAGUCAUAUUCUUCGAAAAAAUGUUGAAAAAAGAACUGUAUUAGAUAACUUGGAUAUAAUUAUGCUGACUAUUGAUGAAAUAUGUGAUGAAGGUUUCAUGGGUUGUAGUAUCAUUCUUGAUGCUGAUGCUACAAGUGUUGUUCAAAGAGUAUCUUUAAGGACUGAUGAUAUACCUUUAGGAGAACAAACUGUAGCUCAAGUAUUACAGUCUGCAAAAGAGCAAUUGAAAUGGUCUCUACUAAAAUAAGAUUCAAAUAUUGUCAUUUUCAAUAAUGUAUUCUCAAUAUUAAAUUGAAAAAUAAAUUCUAUGGUUGUAUCAAAUUUUCUAGUUAAUAUAUA